GUAAAAUAGAUAGCUGGUGAUAAGUUAACAUGGUAGGCCUACCUCGGACAGGGUAGACAUGACGACGAAGGAAUAGCUGGACGUGGGUAUCCUUGGCUACAGUACAGGGAAUAGAAAACUCUGAGGAUGAAGAAAGCAGCAAAAGGUUCCAGGACAAAAACUGGAGACUUCAUUGCGGAAAUUGAAGAAGCCAUAGCCAGUCGUGACCUAGGCGAGAUCACGCGCCUGGUGAAGGGAAAUGUAGGGGACACUUUCCUUAUCGCAUGUGCCUUCCACCAAGCUGUCGGCAAAGCCCUUGAGGACGUCACCCGUCACUUCGUCUCCAUCGGAGUUUCCAUAGACACACCGGACCCAGUGUUUCUGGAGACGCCACUGAUGCACGCUAUAAGGAAUAACAGGGACGAAUUGGUCAAGUUCUUGAUAAAAGAAGGUGCAAACGUGAACUAUAUGAUCAGAAGUAGCGGUCAAACACCCCUUCACGUGGCGGUCAGCAGUCCAAAGGAAACGGAUUUUUCUACUCAAAUUCUGAAAUAUCUAUUAACUGUCCAUUACAUACGUUUGAAUGAGUACAAUAGUGACGGCAGAACCCCUCUCAUGAUUGCCAUUAAACAUGGGCGCAAUGAAGCUGUAGAUGUCCUCACUAGUGCAGGUGCCAACGUGCACCUAAGAAUGCAGCAGUAUGGCAGUACCACAGCCCAUCUAUGUUUCGACAUGUUCAAUCCAUGCCGUAAUGCAGAGAGCGCUAAGUGUCUGCAGUCCUUAAUGAAAUGUGGUUUGAGCCCCGAUGUGGUGCACAAUGGUGAAACCCCAAUAUUCCACGCUAUCAGGAAAAACAACGUCCCUGCUUUGAAAGUUCUUAUUGAUGCUAACUGUGAUUUAGAUGUGUCGAGUACGACCUGGGGAGUCGAGAACAAUGGCCAAGAGGCCAAGAAGGUCACGCCAAUUGUUCUCGCCUACAAAUUCCACAAGAUGAGGUCUGUUGAGCUUUUAGUGGAGGCAGGGUGUCGCUGCUAUCACUUAAGAUGGCUAACAAAAAGCAGCGAUGCCUCAAAUACACUUAAGGAAUGGUUCCAUGAUCGGAUAAGUACUCCAAGGUCACUUAAAAACCUGUGCAGAUUCUGUAUCCGAGGUGCUAUUGGACAUCUUCCUCAUAAAAAGGUGGAACUAUUAGAUCUGCCCCCAGCAUUGCAAGAUUGUAUAUUAUUGAAGGACGUUUUAAGUUGAUAAAAAACGGUUUUUUUCCCCAGUAAAAUAUGACUAGAGCAUUCGUUUCUUUCCCCUUUGAAAAACUAUAAACCAUGUGCAUGUGUAACUCGCAUUGAUCUAAGACACAGGAACCGGUGAGAAGGUUUUAUUUAUUGUUUUAUUGAUGCAUUAAAGGACAUUUGUUUACCGGUAUAUAA